UUUGCGAAUAUAAUGUAGCGAGAACUGAAUAAUCAGAAAAGUCGGACACACAUAACGGUGCCUAUAUAAAUAGCUCACACCACUCUUCAGUCGCUAUUUACAGUUGGACUGCCUUGGAGGCAUUCGAUCUAAUUAAAAAGUGCACUGCAAUUACUGGAACUUCCACUCGACCCGAGCAAACAAAGGCGACAAAUAUGCUUUUCAUUGGGGGCGUUUCUUGGAGGCCCCUGGGACUGGGUCUCUUGCUCCUGGGACUGAUAGCGCCCAUCUCUGGAGGCUUCCGUCGCGGGCGUCUGGAUAACGGAUUCCUCGGGGAGCCCAGCAAGAUACCAACACUCCAGAGAUCCCUGGACUCCAAGGAUCUGUGGUUCGAGCAGAAAUUGGACCACUUCAAAUCCAGCGAUACGCGCACCUGGCAGCAACGAUACUUUGUGAACGCCGAUUACUACCGGAAUGAUAGCUCCGCACCCGUAUUCCUGAUGAUCGGCGGCGAGGGAGAAGCCUCGGCCAAGUGGAUGCGGGAGGGCGCCUGGGUCCACUACGCAGAGCACUUUGGAGCCCUCUGCCUGCAGCUGGAGCACCGCUUCUACGGCAAAAGUCACCCCACCGCCGAUCUGUCCACCGAAAAUCUGCACUACCUGACUUCCGAGCAGGCUCUCGAGGAUUUGGCCAGCUUUGUGACCGCCAUGAAGGUGAAGUUCCAGCUGGCCGAUGGCCAAAAGUGGAUCGCUUUCGGUGGCUCCUAUCCGGGCUCCCUGGCUGCCUGGGCCAGGGAAAAGUAUCCCGACCUCAUCUUUGGAUCGAUCAGCUCCAGUGGUCCCCUGCUGGCCGAGGUGGACUUCAAGGAGUACUUCGAGGUGGUCAAAGCCUCGCUGGCGGCCUAUAAACCCGAGUGCGUGGAGGCCGUGACCCGCAGCUUUGCCCAGGUGGAGAUCCUACUCAAGCACAUGAUUGGCCAGCGUAGUUUGGAUGAGAAAUUCAAGACUUGCACUCCCAUCAAGGACUCCAUUGAGAACGACCUGGACAUGGCCAGUUUCUUUGAGAAUCUGGCUGGAAACUUUGCAGGAGUGGUGCAAUACAACAAGGAUAACAGCCCACAUGCCACCGUAACCAUUGAUGAUCUCUGCGAUGUUAUGCUAAAUACCACCGCAGGACCACCUGUAACCCGUUUGGGCCUGGUAAACGACAUGCUAUUGAAGGAAGCGAACAGCAGCUGCCUGGACUACAAAUACGAGAAGAUGGUAGCGGAUAUGAAGAACAUAUCCUGGGAAUCGGACACGGCUAAGGGAUCGCGACAGUGGACCUAUCAGACCUGCCAUGAGUUCGGCUUCUAUCAGACCUCCGAGAACCAGGCAGACACCUUUGGAAAUCGCUUUGGAAUCGACUACUUUAUUCGCCAGUGCAUGGAUGUGUUCUCCAAAAAUAUGGACGCCAAGUUCCUGGACUUGGUGGUGUCUGGUACCAAUGACAACUAUGGAGCUCUAAAGCCAAAGACCACAAAUGUUCUCUAUGUGCACGGUUCCAUUGAUCCCUGGCAUGCUUUGGGAUUGGUGAAGUCUUCGGAUCCUAAACUUCCCACUAUUUAUAUAGAAGGAACUGCUCACUGCGCCAAUAUGUACGAGCCGGCGAAAACCGAUCCGCCGCAACUGGUGACCGCUCGUAAUAAGAUCACCAAAUUCUUGGCCAAACUUCUGGAAGGCUACACCUCAACCCUAAUCUGAUUACCAAAUGCAGCGCAAAUUAGCCAAGUCAAAUUUUAGAUUCGUCAGCGAUUUGUUUUAAUUUUUUAUGAAUUCGCUUGAGUUGUAUAAUAUAUUUUUUUGCUCCGCUGGGAGUUAAUCCUU